AUGCGAUUGACUGUCGAGCUCAUUCAGAAUUCCCUUUCCUACAUUAAUCCGCUCACAGACCGCGAGCUGGAUCUUCGAGAGCUUCAUUCAUAUCGUCUUUAUACGUUGGGUCGUGUAGGACACAAAAUCCCCGCAAUUGAGAAUUUGGGUAUUGCGAAAGACCAAGAUACCAUCGACUUCACCGACAACGAUAUCUCGUCUCUCGGAAACUUCCCCUUCUUCCCUCGCCUUCAUACCCUCCUCCUUGCCCGCAACAGAAUCAGUCACAUCCAACAUUCUCUGGGAUCAUCAGUACCAAAACUCUCGACUUUAGUCUUAACUUCAAAUAACUUGUCCGAACUUGCGGAUCUUGACUCCCUUCGAACUUUCACUCGCUUGACACAUCUUUCCUUGCUCGAGAACCCCGUCACCCGGAAAGAGAACUACCGGUACUGGGUUAUCUGGCUGGUCCCCUCCGUUCGUUUCCUCGACUACCAGAAAGUGAAGGAUGUGGAACGUACUAAGGCAAAGGAGCUGUUCGGCACAUUCGAAGAACCAUCCGCCCUUGCCUCAAAGAUCAAGGGCAUCAAAUCCAAAACAUUCGACGCCUCUAUCACCGCCGGCGCAAACAAUGCUUCAAGCGACAAGGCCAUCCGCGUGAAGCUCACAGAUGCCGAGCGCAAGCGAGUGGAGAGAAUGAUUCGCGAAGCGAAGAGUAUGGCGGAAAUCGCACGAUUGGAGAAAGAACUCAACGAGGGACGGAUACCUGGUGGAGCUCUUGGGGCAGAAGAUGGAGACGGAGACGAGCAGAUGGCACUCUAA